ACCAGAUGCAGAGAAGUUUCCCAGACUUGUCCGAGGAAACAAAAAUGAUGGCUGUCUCAGAAAUGGAGCUGCAUGAAACUUGUGAGACUAAUGACCAGGAAGGAAACCCUUCUGCUGAGGACCCAGUGAAUCAAUCAUUCAACAAAUACAGGGUAACUCCACCAUCUGAAAAUCCCAACGGUGCUUCUUGUAGCGUAAGUCAAGGAAAGCCUUCUCUGAGAAGAAUAAAAGGGAGAAUACAUAGAAGUAAAAGUCUUGAUAGUAUUGAUUUCUGUGAAUUCAGUAGCACAACAAUGGAAGAAACGGCAAUAUGGGAACAACAUACAGUGACUCUUCACAGGGCUCCAGGAUUUGGAUUUGGUAUUGCAAUAUCUGGAGGAAGAGAUAAUCCGCAUUUUCAGAGUGGUGAAACAUCAAUAGUUAUUUCUGAUGUACUGAAAGGAGGUCCAGCAGAAGGAUUACUACAGGAAAAUGACCGUGUUGCAAUGGUUAAUGGUGUUUCAAUGGAUAAUGUGGAACAUGCGUUUGCUGUUCAGCAGCUGAGAAAAAGUGGAAAAAAUGCUAAAAUUACUAUCCGAAGAAUGAAGAAAGUUCAGAUUCCAGUAGCCAGACCAGAACCAGAACCAGUAUCUGAAAAUGAGGAGGAUAGCUUUGAUGAGGAGAUACAGGAUCCAAGAAGUGCACGUGGUGGUCCAGGUGCCAACAGAAAGCAUGAGAAGAGCUGGGUAAGAGACCGAAGUGCAAGCAGAGAGAGAAGUUUAUCACCAAGAUCAGAUAGAAGAUCUAUUGCUUCUAGUCAGCCUGCAAAACCUACCAAAGUAACCUUGGUGAAAUCCAGGAAAAAUGAAGAGUAUGGUUUGCGCUUGGCCAGUCAUAUAUUUGUGAAGGAAAUAUCACAAGAUAGCUUGGCAGCAAGAGAUGGCAACAUUCAGGAAGGAGAUGUUGUAUUGAAGAUAAAUGGCACAGUCACAGAAAAUAUGUCUUUGGCAGAUGCAAAGACACUAAUAGAAAGGUCAAAAGGCAAGUUGAAAAUGGUGGUUCAACGCGAUGAGCGAGCAACGCUCUUGAAUGUCCCUGAUCUUUCUGACAGCAUUCACUCUGCUAAUGCUUCAGAAAGAGAUGACAUUUCAGAAAUUCAGUCGCUGGCAUCCGAUCAUUCCAAUCGAUCACAUGACAGGCCCCGCCGCAGUCGUUCACGAUCUCCUGACCAGAGGUCAGAGCCUUCAGACCAUUCCAGACAUUCUCCACAGCAACCCAGCAACGGCAGUCUUCGGAGCAGAGAGGAUGAGAGAGUAUCAAAACCAGGAGCUAUCUCUACACCUGUAAAGAAUGCAGAUGAUAUCCCUCUUUCUAAAACCAUGGAAGAAGUUGUAGUUGAAAGAAAUGAAAAACAAACUCCACCUUUGCCAGAACCAAAGCCAGUGUACGCGCAAGCAGGACAGCCAGAUGUCGAUUUACCAGUCAGUCCGUCUGAUGGUCCUUUACCUAGUUCAACUCAUGAAGAUGGAAUGCUUCGGCCAAGCAUGAAGCUGGUAAAAUUCAAAAAAGGAGACAGUGUGGGCCUGCGUCUGGCUGGUGGCAAUGAUGUAGGUAUAUUUGUAGCAGGUGUUCUGGAGGACAGCCCUGCAGCAAAAGAAGGAUUAGAAGAAGGGGAUCAAAUUCUCAGGGUAAAUAAUGUGGACUUCACAAAUAUCAUUAGAGAGGAAGCAGUGCUUUUUCUGCUUGAUCUCCCUAAAGGAGAAGAGGUAACAAUUUUGGCACAAAAGAAAAAGGAUGUUUAUCGUCGCAUUGUUGAGUCUGAUGUUGGAGAUUCUUUCUAUAUCAGAACUCAUUUUGAGUAUGAAAAGGAAUCUCCCUAUGGGCUAAGUUUCAACAAAGGUGAAGUGUUCCGUGUGGUGGAUACCUUGUACAAUGGCAAGCUGGGCUCCUGGCUGGCUAUUCGAAUUGGCAAGAAUCACAAAGAGGUGGAAAGAGGCAUCAUACCCAACAAAAACAGAGCUGAGCAGCUAGCUAGUGUACAGUACACUCUUCCAAAGACAGCAGGAGGGGAUCGUGCAGAUUUCUGGAGGUUCCGAGGCCUGCGCAGCUCAAAGAGAAAUCUCCGAAAAAGCCGAGAAGAUCUCUCUGCACAGCCUGUUCAGACAAAGUUCCCUGCAUAUGAAAGAGUUGUGCUUCGAGAAGCUGGAUUUCUCAGGCCUGUAACUAUCUUUGGACCAAUUGCUGAUGUUGCAAGAGAGAAACUAGCACGAGAAGAACCUGACAUUUUUCAAAUUGCAAAAAGUGAACCAAGAGAUGCUGGUACUGACCAGCGUAGUUCUGGCAUUAUUCGCCUUCAUACAAUAAAACAGAUAAUUGAUAGGGACAAACAUGCUUUAUUGGAUGUCACUCCAAAUGCAGUGGACCGUCUAAAUUAUGCACAGUGGUAUCCCAUUGUAGUGUUCUUGAACCCUGACUCUAAGCAAGGUGUAAAAACCAUGAGAACGAGGCUGUGUCCAGAAUCACGGAAAAGUGCCAGAAAAUUGUAUGAAAGAGCUCACAAACUAAGGAAAAAUAAUCAUCACCUCUUCACAACUACCAUUAACUUGAAUUCAAUGAAUGAUGGCUGGUAUGGAGCUCUAAAAGAGGCAAUUCAACAACAGCAGAACCAGCUGGUGUGGGUUUCAGAAGGAAAGGCAGAUGGUGCUACAAGUGAUGACCUUGAUUUGCAUGAUGAUCGCCUUUCCUACCUGUCAGCUCCAGGUAGUGAAUAUUCCAUGUAUAGCACUGAUAGCAGACACACUUCUGACUAUGAGGACACAGACACAGAAGGGGGUGCCUACACUGAUCAAGAACUAGAUGAAACACUCAAUGAUGAGGUUGGGACUCCUCCUGAAUCUGCCAUUACACGGUCUUCUGAACCUGUAAGGGAGGAUUCCUCUGGAAUGCAUCAUGAAGCUCAGGCCUACCCUUAUGUAUCGCAAGCGCAGCCACAACCAAAUCUUAGAAUGGACUCUCCAGGAUUUAAAAUAACUGCCUCACAACCGAAAGCAGAAGCCUCACCUGCAGUCCCUUACCUUUCCCCGUCGCCUGAAACAAACCCUGCAAUCUCAUCAACUUCUGUCGUUAAUCCUAACGUAAACCUAACUAAUGUCAGACUGGAGGAGCCCACCCCACCUCCUUACAACUCUUACCAACCGCAAGCUGGCCCCUUAAGAACAUCAAGCACUGAGGGUGCCCAUAUAAUGCUAAGAGAUCAAGAGCCAUCAUCCUUAUCGCCGCAUAUAGAUCCAACCAAGGUUUACAGAAAGGAUCCAUACAUUAAUGAGGAGGCGGCACCUAGGCAGAACUACAUCCUGAAACAGCCAGCUGUUAAUCAUCCAGUACACCGACAGGAAAGAGAGUCAAAUCUGAUCUAUGAAUCCCAGACUCAAUAUACAGAGAAACAGCCUAGUAGGGAAUAUGAACAAUCAACAUACCGGUAUGAUUCUGCUAACUAUUCGGAUCAGUUUGCUCGUAGUUAUGACCCUCAUUUACAUUAUGAGGACCGUGUACCUUCCUAUGAAGACCAGUGGUCAUAUUAUGAUGAAAAACAGCCCUACCAGCCAAGACCACCUUAUGAUAACCAACCACCUAAAGACUUUGACCCGAGACAAAAUGCAGAAGAGAGCACAGAACGCAGCUACUACCCAGCACAACCUCGCUUUGAAGAACCACCUCCAAUGACUUAUGACAGCAGACCUCGCUAUGAACAUGCACCUAAAAACUUCAUACCACAAGUGCGUUAUGAAGAUCAGCCCACUACUGCAUACGAUAUUCAUGGUAGAUAUAAACCAGAGGCCCAAACAUACCCUCCAGUGAUAUCUAGAUCUCCCGAACCUAAGCAGUACUUUGAGCCUCACACAAGGGGCUAUGAACCAGGCCCUCCCCAAGGUUUUAAUGCUAAAGUAGGACAGUAUGAGCCUUCUCAUACCACUGCAAAUGUGCCCCCUCCACCUCCUCCAUCGCAAACUAAGCCAGAAAUUUUGCCUUCAAACAGUAAACCACUGCCUACACCACCAACACUAACAGAGGAAGAAGAAGAUCCAGCCAUGAAACCACAAUCAGUGCUUACUAGAGUUAAGAUGUUUGAAAACAAAAGAUCAUUGUCUGUGGAAAAAAUCAAGGACUCUAAUGAUACACCAGCUGUCAAGCCCCCGGAAUUAGCACCUAAACCUACCCUUGCUACGGUUGCCAAGCCAGCCUCUCAGUAUGAACAUGACAAAACAACGUACAGGGCCCCAGAACCACAAAGACCUCAAGCAAAGCCACCUGAAGAUAUAGUCCGUUCAAAUCACUAUGAUCCUGAAGAAGAUGAGGAGUACUAUCGAAAGCAGCUCUCAUACUUUGACCGCAGAAGUUUUGAAAAUAAGCCCUCUGCACAGAUACCUGCCAGCCAUCAUCCUGAGCCUGCUAAGCCAGUACAUCCUCAACUGAAUUUCACUAAUUAUUCUUCUAAAUUUCUUGGCUCUUACACUAGCUAUGACUACUUGAAAAGGAACAUCAAGUGGGGGAAACCUACUGAUACUGAACCGAUGGAUAGGCCUGUUGGUGAAAAGCGCUAUGAGCCAGUUCCUCAAGUUACUUCUGCUGUUCCUCCCCCACCUCCAGUACAAUAUACACAACCACAGUCAAUUAAUAACCCUGCGCUCUCUCUUCAGGCACAUCACAAGCCUGCACUUUCUGAGGUUAACUCUGUGUCAGUAGAUUUCCAGAAUUCUACAGUGUCUAAACCUGACCCUCCUCCACCUCAGAAUAAACCAGCAAUUUUGAGAUCUUCCAACAGAGAAGACACUGUGCAGUCUACUUUCUAUCCUCAGAAAAGCUUCCCUGACAAGGGUCCACUUAAUGGAAGUGAGCAGACUCAAAAACCAGUCACUCCUGCUUACAAUCGCUUUACAACAAAACCAUACACAAGUGCUGCCAGGCCAUUUGAACGCAAGUUUGAAAGCCCUAAAUUCAACCACAAUCUUCUGCCAAAUGAAACUCAACAUAAACCAGAAUUGCCAUCAAAGUCUCCAAAUUCUCCUCAACCAAUUUUAAAAGCACACGGCUCGUUGCAGCCUUCUGAGUUUGACAGUGGAAUGGAUACAUUCUCUAUACAGGCAGACAAGCCUAAAUAUCAACCAAAUAAUGUUAAUGCUGUGCCUAAAGCCAUUCCUGUAAGCCCUUCAGCUUUGGAGGAUGAUGAGGAGGAGGAUGGACACACUGUUGUAGCAACAGCAAGAGGUGUGUUUAACAGCAAUGGUGGUGUAUUAAGCUCCAUAGAAACUGGAGUUAGUAUAAUAAUACCACAAGGAGCCAUCCCAGAAGGAAUAGAACAAGAAAUCUAUUUCAAGGUCUGCAGAGACAAUAGCAUCCUCCCACCAUUAGACAAAGAGAAAGGUGAAACGCUGCUCAGCCCCUUGGUUAUGUGUGGGCCUCAUGGACUAAAAUUCCUGAAGCCAGUGGAGCUGCGCUUACCACAUUGUGCGUCAAUGACCCCUGAUGGUUGGUCUUUUGCUCUAAAAUCCUCCGACUCCUCGUCGGGUGACCCCAAAACCUGGCAGAACAAGUCUCUUCCUGGGGAUCCAAACUAUCUUGUUGGAGCAAACUGUGUCUCAGUCCUAAUUGACCACUUCUAAUCCCUAAAUUAGCUGAGUACAUAAUGUGAAACUGAAAUGGACCUUACAUAUAAACUGAACCACUAUCAAGUAUUAACUGUUCUAUAAGCGAUAAUGGAACUUCUUGUUUAAGCAUCUUGCUCUAAUUAACAAUGGUUUAGCAAGUACAUGAACCAUGGUCAGAAUACGUGUCACAAACAGGGAGUGUACAGUAGGAAUAAUGUGGGGUGCGUGUGGGUUUCUGUAUGUUGGGGGUUUUGUUUUUAAAGGACACUGCUAAUGUUUCGUUGUUGAAAAAGUUUAAAGUACCAAUGGGGUAUAUUAAGAGGAAUUGAAUUUAGUUCAUAGUCCACUGGUGGAAAUACAUAAUUUGGCCUGUCUUUUUACUUUUGUUUGUUUUAAAGUACACAAGACUAUAUCCUGGUAUCAAGGUUUUUAAAUGACUCUUUGGUGUACAUGUCAAAUAAUGUGGCGAUAAACUUUGGCUAGCACAACUUAGAUGUUUUCCUCUACUAAGAGGGUAAUGCAAGCACGUCUACUUACUGUGUAUGAAAACAUUGUCAUGGGAAAGAGAGAAAGCAUGUGAGAUGACUAUGGUUCAGUUGCCUCUCUGGAUUUGUAAAUUAACCACAUUACAGACAUAUUAACCAGCAGGGAUGCCUUACCCUCAUGUUUUUAAUAGUUUUAGUGCUCAUAGUUCUCUGUAUUACUAAGUUUGUAUGGCUUUCGUGCUUACCUAGAUAAUAUAUCAUGAGACAGAUUGGGGCUUGAGGGAAGGGAAAACUUGUUAACUUGUCAGUUUAGAGAACAAGUGCUGUUUGUGUUGAGCAAGCAGAAGAAAACCAGAAGAAAAUGAUGGUAUGUUUUCUGCUAUGCAUUUAAAAAUUUAGAUGUUAUAGAAUGCCUGUAUAUAAUGCGUGCAUACCACUUUUGUUCUUGGUUUGUAAAUUAACUUUUAUAAGCUUUACCUUUUUAUAUAUAUAAAUAUAUAUAAAAACAAAACAGUUUCUUAAGGAUAUCUUUGUAUUCUCAUACCUUUUGAGCCUUGAACUUUGACAUCUGCAGCAAUAAAGCAGCAUUUCUACAAUACAUGAACAAGGACAUUUUUUUUAAAUGCACAAAGUUGUUACCUUUUUAAUUGCUGCAUUUAAAGAAUAAAACUCAGAAUUCUCUACUUUGGUUAAAUUCUUAAAGUAUCCCUACUGUAAUUUGUGAUAAGGAUGCUGUACUAUGUGCCCUGAAAUGUAUUUUUUUACUAAUAGACAGUUUAUUAUGGCACAUCAGCACUACUACUGUUUAGAUAAUAUACCACUGCAUUCUGUUAAUCAGUUAUUAGCUUUUCAGGUGUGGCUGAUUCUUUUUCUUUGCAGUUAUUAAAAUUACACCUUUCUAAAUAUACAGAAUAAAACUGUUUUUAAAAUAAUAAAGAAGAUUUCUAGUA